AUGAAUCUCUUAAGGACUUGUAAACAGCUGUCAAGACUUGGACAAAACACUGUGGGUUUAUUUACAUUGAUUAUGUUUAUAAUUAGUUGAGUGCCAUUGCUCUGAUCUGCUCGCAAAAGAUUUGUGCAUGUGCUUGCUUCAAUGUGUGGUGUGUUUGAGGUCUUCUGUCCGUGGUAUAUGUUAUAUAGGCUUACCGGUGUUGUCAUUAUGUAGAGAUAAUAUUUUGAUUGCAUCUUUUUUUUACAGCAGAUAAUUCAGCAAGGAAUAAUAAGAACCUUAAUACGACUUCAGUCAACACAAACAGAGACUCAGGUUCGUCACAUACUAUUGUAGCUUUGCUCAUGGUGAAAUUCGUAGUACUAGGUUAUAUUCAUUCGACUACUGUUAUCAAUAUUAUUCAGCCUAUAUGCUGACAAGGGAUUUAUCAUUACUAUUUUUUCUCUUGUUUUGCAGAACUUGAGGGAGACCCUCUAUCGAGUUGUACCGGAAAAACAAAAAGAAGUCGCAGAUUUUAGGAAGGAAUAUGGGGAUAGAUCUCUGGGGGAGUAUACCGUUGACCAGGUACAUUUCACACUUCAUGUCAUUAUUGUGACAAUUGCAUCAUCGUUCGCGUUACGAUUCUAUCACCACUAUCUGCUCCGAAAGGUGUAAAACAGUGAAAUAAUAAUUUUUUUAUCAAUUAUUGGAAGCAUUGUAAAAAUCACUUCACUUUUAAGUGGACCACAUCAUUUAACAAGUGACAACAGAAAAAGUACGCUUACAACAAUGGAACGUUCUAACGAUUAUUAACUAUUUUAACCCAGCUUGGUUAUGCUCUGUUAUCUCUUACAAAUGCAUUGUGAUGUGGUUGUUAUUCAUUAGGUAAAUCCUGUUGAAAAUAUGACUUGUUUCUCCUACCGUUAAACAAGAACUGAAAAAAAAAACGAGCAGUAUUUCUAGAUGAUAUGAGACAUCUUGUUUUCUGAUGAAAAUCCCUUAGCUUGGACUGUGGUGAAGUGAAACUUGAUCUUUGUUAUGGGUUCUGCAGAAGCAUGAAAACUUGAAUUCAGGUGUCACUUAUAAGCCAGUUUAUCAUAAGUCAAACUUGGCUCCUACUUCCCUAAAUCGUAAUGCAUCUUGUCUGUUAAAUAUCCCUCAACCUUGGAACCUAGUUAUUUUUUUAGCAAGAGUUUUUAUAAUUCAAAAACUAGACUAUUGUGUACCAAGUAUCAAGUCAGCAAUAAAUGAAGCAAAGAAUUACACAGGACCACAAAUCCUGUAUUAAAAAAUACAUUUCAAAGUUAAUGAAUUUAGUUCAACAAGACAUUAGCAAAAGGAGGAUAUAACCAUCCUCCCAUCGUGCAUUGUGGUCAAACUAUAUUAUCAAACGGCUGAAUCCCAGCGUGACUCAUUUCAAAAUUUCGCAAUACAACACAAGGGGACAAGAGAGAAAUGAUUCCUUAGAAAUCCAGUAUAGUCCAAAAACUAUAUUGAUUGUACAAGGUACAUGUACAUUGUAGCAACAGUUGCCCUUCUCAGGUCUAAGAAUUGUUUGCCACUUAAAUUUUUUGUUGAGAUUGUUUGACCAUAAGUAAAUAAAAGCUUACUGAUAAACCUUGGCUAUGGGGGUCCGCAGUGAAAUAAAUGUUCAAUAAUACUUCUUAGAAUCUGGCUACAUGUUUUUUAGUAAAGUAUGCAUUUAAUGUCGAAAGUAUCAAAGAAGCUGGCUACAUUCAAUGAUUAACAUGACCAGUGGAUAUCUUACUCAGGGUUGCCACUGCCAGGGAAAAGUCCGGGAAAAACAAAAAAUUUUCAAGGUCAGGGAAAAGUCAGGGAAAAUCCUUGAUAUUGUCAAAGUCAGUGAAAAGUUCAGGGAAUUCUGUUUUCCAGUUUAUAGUUCAUAAGUUUUCUUCGACACUUUGAAAUGCGUUUUCCUUCAGAAAAGAUGAAAAGUAUGCUGUAAAGCAAGCACAGCAAUCAAUUUGACAUUCUACACCUGACAUACACCUCUAUGUAGUAGUUGUGGUCAGUGGUUUUCGUUCUGACUGCUUUCUUCCAAAUUCCUUCUUCCUCUUACACGAAAAGCAGAAAGAGGUUGAAAAUGAAGAGAAAAAUAUUGACAGCCUGCAAAAAAAGCUAAAGCGAAUGUAAACAUCGAUUGUUUUUCAUUAAUAAAAGGUCUGUGAAAAGUCGGGGAAAAGUCAAGGAAUUUUUAACUUUCUGAUGAGUGGCAACCCUGUUACUGAGCUGGCCUACAUGUAUAAUGACAUGUACCCCUCUCUCGCAGCUUCAAACACUGUUGACCUCCAACUCUACUGUCGUGAAACAGUAACUACAGUCACAGUAAUCUGCUGUCUGAAUAUUAGAAAAAGUAAAAGGAUUCUAUUUAAUUGUAAACUUGUUGAAAAUAUUACCAAAUGCACUCCUGCAAUGGAAACUGCAAUGCAAUGAAAUAAUAAUUAAUGAAAAACCAAAAAGUGAUUAAUUUUUAGAGUUUAUUCCAUUUAUUCUUAUUCUGGGAUAAACGGGUGCUUAGAAUAACUAAAGAUUUUGGCUUCUGAAAGUGAAACAGUCAUAAAACUCCUUUUGUGUUAACAUCUGGCUUGUUUUCAAGGUUUAUGGAGGAAUGAGAGGUAUUACUGGCCUGAUCACAGAGACAUCACACUUAGAUCCAAAUGAGGUUAGUUCUCAGUUAAAGAAACAAACUUACAUCAUUCUGUACUUUAAAAGAACCUAAGAGGAAUCUAAAUUAAUUUUUUUGAUGUACUUUUGAUGUAUAACGACGUUGCAAGGUCUGAAGGGCAUGUACAUCUAUAGCAAUGAUGUCAUUGCUGCCCCCCACCCACCAAUCUGAAUGGGCAUCCCAUAAAAUGUGAUGGGAAAAGGGGAUAAAUCAACAUCCACGAUUUAUACGAACGUGUAGAUGCAAGUCAAACAGUGUUGUCCUUAUCAGGCGGUAACCGGUAAAAUUUACCACUUAAAACAACACUUCUUACCGCCUGCAACCACUUGAAGUGUUACUAAAAUUAAAUAAGUUGCCAUAAAGAUAUUAAUCAUAUGUAUAAAGGGUUUAGUUUUAUCGUUUGUCUCACGAUUGUCACUUUGAUAUUGAUCGCAACAUCUCGACCGCACACUACAGGUCUUCAUCGGGCGAAAGUGGCAAUUUACUGGGUUGAACUAUCUGUACCACCGUGGUUGUUAAUGAUUGGUGUGUCAAGAAAGGGAGUCAUGUUGACACAUUAAUCAUAAAAGAUUCAGAAGGAUGCCUUACUACAAAUCUUUACAGAAAACCUACACACACUGAUCAGUAACUGUCUUAUGACUCACACCAUCCUCAAUCGGUUAAACACGAUGUUGUCAAGUGUUUAUACGAUUGAUCGAAACCUCUGAGGAAAAGAAGCAUUUAACUUCUGUCCUUGUCUCUAAUGGAUACCCCUAUUCUUUUAUAACUAACAUCACAAAAUCCAAGAACCGACAGGGCCUCUGACAAAGAACCUGCAACCGAAAUUAAAUCCACAGCAGUUCUGCCAUACAUCAAAGGUGUAUCUGGACCACUUCACCGUUGCCUACAACAGCAUGGCGUACGAUCUGUUUUCAAAUCCAAUACAAUACUAAGAUCGCACUUAGUGCAACCUAAGGAUCCUGUGGAUCCACGAAAACAAGAUGGAGUAGUGUAUAAGAUUCCUUGUGAAUGCAGCAAAGUAUACGUUGGCGCAACAGGAAGAUGCAAGCAUGAAUGGAUUAAGGAGCACGACAGGGAUAUAUGGCUUUCACGAACUCAAACUUCAGCCAUUUCUGAACACGCAAAUACGACCAGGCAUUAUCCACUCUGGGACAAAGUUAAGUGUAUCGACCGAGACCCUCACUGGUACAUGUACUCUCAUAGAGUUGAGAAGGCUAUCCACAGAAGACUUCACCCUAACAAUAUCAACAGGGUUGGUGGGAUUGAGAUUCCUGAAUCAUGGAUGCCUACACUCAGACAACAUGACAACCGACCUGUACCACAGCGCACCGCCGAGAGAUCAGUUUCUUCCUCUCACAAUGCCAACAAUGCUUUGGAUCGAAACCCACCAAGCUUGAGGUUUGUGAUACACCAUUCACUAACAACGAUGGUGGUACAAAUAGCUCAACUCAGUAAAUCGACUCUUUUGCGUGAUGAAGACCUGCAGUGUGCAGUUGAAACGUCACGAUCGAUAUCAAAGUGACAAUUGUGAGACAAACAAUAAAACUAAUCCCUUUAUUAAAUAACUUGUUUCAAGGAAUAUGCAAGUUAUGACCCAAGCCGAUCCUAACAAGAAAAGAAAGUAAAUACAUAAAAACAAAAAGUAUACACAGCUAUUCUGUCAGAUUACUGACUAGUUUCUUUCUUUACUGGUCAAGAAUGGCCCCUUACCUUCUGAGCUAAAAUUAUGGGAGAACACUGGUCAAAACUAAAAAAUUUCAGCAUAAGUAGAUGAUGUCCUUUGAUAUUGCAAUUUUUUGGUUGGCACACAUAUAUUGUUAAGUUAGGAUGGCUCUUUUUGUGUUGGCAAUCCAGCAUCAUUGAGGGUGAAAAUUACUUGAUAACAUUGACUUGCAGUUGACUAAAUUUGUUUAGGGCAGUCUUAGUUGGAAACUUAAUUUUACCUUUUCGUGUGUCUAGGGUAUUGAAUUCCGAGGUUAUACAAUUCCACAGUGCCAAGAAGUAAGUAAAAUAUUAAACAAUAAUAUUAUGGGAUAAGGUUUGGCUUGAUUUGUCAGUAGGGAGCAGAUAAAUAAAUUAAACAAUGUAUAUUUCAUACACCUCCAUGUUUCUUUACCCGAUACAGAAUAUUCCUAGUUCAGAUAACUACCAUUUGAUUUGGAAACAUCCAGUAAUUGUACAUUUCAAUGAGAAUUGCUUGUGUUUAUGCAAGCUGGUCAUGACAAUAUUAUGUGCCCCAAUAGCAUAAUAUGAAAUAGGUUAUACAAAUUCACCUUGAUAUGUUUGUAUUGUGCUAAAAGGAACUAAACAUGACCAAAAAAACUGAAGAAUUGUCUUGUUUAAAAAAGAAUGGAAGGUAAAUGCUAAAGGUGCUCUUGGCAAGUAAAAGUCUGGGUUCAACUUGAAGUGGAAUGCAUUGUGGGAUGCGAUGUGGCAGCUUCAUGGCUGUAUCUAUUAUUGUUUUUAAAUGGCCAAACAAAAACAGAUGCAAAGCGCCCCCUGAUAUUUUUUCUCUUCGGAUGAAAUUCAUAAUCGUGAUGAUCAAAAAAUUUUAGUACAACAACUGCCAAGUGCUGCUUUGGCCCCCCCCCAAAAAACUGGGAACCAGAUAAUUGGAAAAAAUAACAAUACAUCCAAACAGGCAGCCUAAAAGCACAUGGAGCAAGUGGAGGGCAUGCCAUACAUGUAAGUGUAAAGGCAAAAUGGGUAAGCGAGAGAUCAAGGGAUAAAAGACCCAUGCCUGCAUCUCUGUCAUGUGUUGAUGUUGUACGAGAUUUUCUUGGUAAUUGCAAUGUCCUCAUCUUGUUGUGAGAGGACAAAAUGUGAAGGCCUUGCUUUUCAGGGUAAUGAGCCAUGACCAAUUAUUGUUAUAAAAGUGUCCUCAACCAAUGGUUAUGUUGCUUCAUUUUACGUACAUGUACAUUUAAAUUGUAGCAUCAUUGAAAUUUUAGGGAGAAAGGUAUGGCUUAGCCUUCUGGUUUUACAAUAUAUUUAUUGUAGCUAGUACUGACUGUGUGGGAUGUUUCGUGUAUGUAGCUUUUACCAAAGGCUGAAGGUGGUGAAGAGCCGUUGCCUGAAGGGAUUUUCUGGUUACUGAUGACUGGUGAAAUUCCAACCAAAGCUCAGGUUAGUUGAUUUACUUAACAUAACCUUUCCUUGCCACGGCAUGCAAAAGCUUUUGUCGAGUUGUCAGGGAUAAGUAGAUUUUCCUGCAGGCCAAGAAACUUUUCGCAUAUUCACUGGCCUAAUGUGCAAAGGACCAGGCAAGUCUUACAAAAAUGUAACACAAUUAACUACAAAACUUGCUGUCUAGAGUGGUCAUUCUAAAUCCAAAUGGGAUUUUUUAAGUUUUUGCUACAAGCCCAUCACUGCUGGGCAUAGUUAGGAAAUGCAUUACUUAGGAAUAGACUGAUCUGGCUGAACAGGACAGCCCUGACAAACAGUGAAAUUAUCUUCCUGACUGAAAUGGUCUGGCCAGGUGGUUCUUAUCCAUAGCAAGUUUCCUGGUGAACUAGACAAGAAAGUAAAAGCUGCUUGCCGAUAGGAAAAGUUGUGAUACCAUUUAAAAUGUGCACUUAAGGGAGAUCUCAUUUUCAGGGAAUGCUAUACUGUGUCUACAUGUAAAACUGGGCUUGCUGGAGAUUUGCUGCAUUACACUUCCUGUAGCAAGAGAGAAAACAGAACGGAACAGAACAGAACUAAUAUGUCAAACGCAUGUCAAAAGUUCAUUGUGAAAUUAGCCCAUCAGAAAUUUUCAUUGAACAGCAUAAAUUAUCAUACUGUAUGUACUUCUGACAGUUGUGUCUCAUCAAAGCUAUAAAACUUCACAGAAUCCCUACCUCUCUAAUGCUCAGUAAUGUGGAAAUUAAAGGGGCUGUGUCACGGCAUCCACUUCAUUUUGUAAAAUUUUGCCAAUUACUCGCCCUCGGUUGUUAUGGAAGUUAAUGUAAGCAAACAAAUUACAUUUAAAUGACAAAAUCAGAGAUCCGAGACAAACAAAUAUGACUUGUCUCCCGAGCAUUAUUUUUGAAGUUGCAAGCGGCAGGGAUCAACUUUGAAAAACUGUUAGGCUGAACACUCAGUUUUCAAAAACCCUAAUUUCAAUCCAAUUCAAUCUUCUUCAGUUUUGCCCUUCCGUGGAAUCUGUUGUUUCUGCUCUGUUAUUUUAACCUUCCUUUAAUGUUUUAUGUGGUUAUUUUUAUGUUUCUCUUAAUUUAACGGGCAUUUUGUAAUUACCUAAUUUGUCUGAAUUUCAUGACACAGCUCCUUUAAGCUUUCUCCAUUUGGUUCCAAAGUAAAGGAUGGCCCUCAUCACCAUAUACAACAGGAAAAGAAAAUUGAAACGAGGGCAUAAAAUUGACCCACUUGACAUUUAUUCCUUUUUUUUUACAGGUUGACAGUUUGUCGAGAGAGUGGGCAGCCCAUGCUGACUUGCCACAACAUGUUGUACAAAUGUUAAACAACUUUCCAGAAACCAUGCACCCAAUGAGUCAGUUCAGUGCUGCCAUCACAGCCAUGAACACAGAGAGCCAAUUUGCCAAGGCUUAUGCACAGGGGGUGCAUAAAGCUAAACACUGGGAGGUAAAAUCAGCAAUGAGUGGCUGACAUUGUCAUUAAUUUUAAAAAUUUCUAAUAUGUGAGGUUUAAUAAUAUUCAGAGUGCAGGAGAAAUAUUUGUCAACUGAACAAUCAUUACAGUUUUGUAUGCAACUGAUGAAAGCUUGGAACAAUUUAAGCUUGACAGGAUUUGAUCCCUGACUUCUGUAGUACCGUUGCAAUGAGCAAUUUUAAUUGUCAGGUUCACCUAUUAAUGAUACACAUUUGUUGGAAAAAAUCUUACUUGUCAUUUGUUGACACCUUGACACAUGGUGUGACAUUAAGGAUAGUAGGCGGUUAUGAUCCCACUAGUCUGGAAAGGCUAUUAACACUUGGAUAUAGGACAAAAAUGUCAACAUUUAGGGAUUGUUUUUUCAUUGAAUUCUCCUGCUCCUAUGGUUGAUUAGAACUUAAAUAUUACCCAUGUUCUACAUUGUAUAGACCCAUUCCAAAAACAGCAGCUUCGUUAAAUAUUCUUUGGUUUAUGUUAAAAUCAGCUUUACUGUAUCUUCCCUCCCAGCCAUCAAAAUUCAAAACAGUGUAAUUUUUUGUCUUAAAUGAGGUUAGUAUGUGUAGUCAAAUGGUGACGAGUGAAAUUAUAAAUUAGGGAAUAAUUUCACGCGCAUUUUGUCCAAAUCCUAGGCUCGGGAAAUUAUUAGGAUUUGGACAAAACGCAAGUGAAAUUAUUCCCUAAUUUCACGAGUAUACCAUUUGAUUACCUAUUAAUAUCAUGGGUGACGAAUUAUGUUAGCAAUCUUGGCUGUGGUUUUUGCCAUGUUUGUCCUGGAUCGCAUUGAUCAAGAACUUCCCUCUCUCAAACAUUUAGAGCUUAAAUUUGGCUUAAGUUCAGAAUUUUUCAACAAAAUACCUGUUAGAAUCCUUCUUGAUGUGCUCUUUCGUGUGUUCAGGUUUUUUAAGGCGUCUUUUUAUGCCCUGGCAUCUUCGUUCAUGACAUUUUGAAACUUUGUCGCCAUUUUGACACUGAGACGUACAGAAGGUUGCCAUGGCAAUUUUGUAAUUUCACACGUGAAAUUACAAAUUAUCGCUGAAAUUUCGCGCCAAAAUUAAGGAGUAAUUCGUCACUUAUGAUAUUAAUGAAGCUAAUUUCAACAUAAAGAAAAGAGUAUAAAACUAGCCACCAUUUGUGGAGUGGUUGUAUUCCCUUGUUCAUGGUUGUUGUUAACUAUGACCAUCUUUUCUGUUUUCCAGUAUACAUUUGAGGACACCAUGGAGCUGACAGCCAAAAUAACAACCGUUGCAGCCUACAUCUACAGGAAUGUCUUCAAGGAUGGAAAAGUUGCUCCCAUAGACCCCAAUAAAGACUGGGCAGAUAACUUGGCCACUAUGCUUGGUUUUGAAGACCCCAUGUUUCAUGAAAUGAUGCGACUUUACCUCGUUCUUCAUGCUGAUCAUGAGGGAGGUAACGUCAGUGCACAUACCACUCAUCUUGUUGGUAGUGCUUUAUCAGAUCCCUAUUUGUGUCUUGCUGCUGGAAUGAAUGGACUGGCUGGACCGCUGCAUGGUCUUGCUAAUCAGGUAACUACAUCAUUUUGUAGAGCAUGCCCUGAGAAAACAACUGAUAAUUAUUUCACACCACAAUGGUUAGGGUCGAGUGAAAAUAUUUCUACACUUUGGUUUGAUCUCCACUGAUGCGUUUUUUAGGCCCUACCAGGGUAAAUUCCGACAAGCGACAUGGCCCAAAAAGUAGCCACAGCGUGUAAAAUGAAAUCGCCACAAGAGACAACCUUCCUUGGCUAAAUUGCGACAGUGACAGCAAAGCCGACAAUAAGCGACAAGCAUUUAUAAACACCGACACGAAACGUUUUAAAAUUCAGAUGGACGACACGGGACCCCCCCCCUCCCCCGGCAGGGCCUCAUUUUUGGCUACAUAAUGUUAUCACACGCAAAUUUUGAUCAUGUAAAAAAAAAAAAGGCAAGAUAAAAAGUGCUGAGUUUAAACAAGAAGUUGAGCAAGGUUCAACUUUUACGCCUACCAGCAACCUUUCAUGUAUUGCCUCUAUUUUAUUUGCAAACGUAAAUUUUACUCACCUACAGAUGUAAAAAUUACACGACACUGGAAAUCGACCCUUUGUCACUUAUCAAACUACACUGCCACCCUGUGUUAUUCUCUCCAAUAACUGAGUUGCAAGAUUUGUGCUAAAAUCAAAAUUAGAUCUGCCCAAAUUGUUGACUUUUUAGAUGCAUUUUCGGAGGGCUAACUCAGUGUUAAAAACCAUUAUGAAGUUUUAACAAACAUCUUAAGGCAAAUUUGCAUGUGUUCAGUUAGCGUCUAUUGCCUACUGCUAACAAAAGAACACAAAUUCAAUCAUAACGCAUCUAAAUCCCACCCUUACAAUUGGUUACUUUCUCUAACAGUACAUCCUUUUUUCACUAUAAUAAAGGGACCUUUUCCAGCCAUAAAGUCUCUUUCUUUUGCUCACAACCGCACUAUCACUAACCACUGAAAGCAACUGACGAAGGAAACCAUUGUAGAUUUUCAAACCAGUCUUACAGUUCUUAUCAAGUCUCUGAGGCUACCAUUGAUUGUUAGAGCCCAAAUCCCUUCACUUUAACAACGUUAAAGGAAUUAUACAUAAUAGGGUCAAGUGACGAUAUUUCUACACUAGUGCAAAAAGGGAAUCUGUUUUGCACAGAAUAUAAUUUAUGGUUAAAUGCAAACCAUGAAUAAACUUCCAAGGUUUUAUGUUAUGAAGACAGGUCACUUGAACUACCAAGAAAAUUACGCAUUAAAACUUUCACUUCCAGUAGCUAGUCUAGAUGUUAUAUAUGUACAUUUUUAAAAAUACAAGGGCUUACCUAUCAUUCUUCUUGCUGCAAACUGUACUGGUACACAUAUGUAUGAAGCCCUCUAAACCUGAUACAAAAUUUUUAUCGUAAUGCAGGAAGUUUUAAUCUGGAUCACAAACAUGCUGAAAGAAGUUGGAGAAGACCCAACUGAUGAGAGAGUUCGGGAGUUUGUGGAGACAACAUUAAAGAGUGGGGUAAGUUAUGAAUGCAACAAUAAAAGUCCAAUAAUUUUUUAUCACAACAUUUGAAACUCCUGAUGAAUCAAACUUCUACUUUUCAAAGCAGACUCAGUUAGACAUACCAUAAAAUUCCAAAAAUAAGCCCCUCCAUGUAUAAGCCCCUCCAAAUAUAAGCCCCCCAAACCAGUGACGCAAAAAACCUUCCAUUAAAUCGCCCCUCCAAACAUAAGCCCCCUGGAGGCUGAUGCGUGGAAAAUUACCCUCAAAUACAAAGCAAAACAAAGCAAAAACGGUAAAUUUACCUCCAACUAUAAAGUUAGCCCAACUGAUUUUGAAACGCAAAUUUCCCUCCAUAGAUAAGCCCCUCUGAAUAUAAGCCCCUCCAAAAGUAAGCGCCCCAAAAAGGGCCUUUGAAAAAUAUAAGCCCCAGGGCUUUUUAUUGGAAUUUUACGGUAUAUUAAGCCUAUUUACAUCAUUUUUCAUAACAUUACAAUUAUUAUUAUUAUUCAUUCAAAAUAUUUCACCAUUAAUUUUGCAAUUUGCUCCAUCAUAACCAACCGGUACCUACCAUAUUUGGAAGAUGUAGGUAAUGUUCAACUUAAUUAAUAGGUUGUUCCCUGAAUGUAAGAUGGCAACCUCUUUUCCAGGUGUUGGCAUGGCUACCUAGAUGUUUAUGCAAGAGUAAUCUAAAAAAAAUAAAUUAAUGUUGGCUGUCCGAGGGUAAAUUAGCUGAACUUACUGAUUAAAACUGAACUGAUGAAAUGCAGGAAUAUUCAAAAAUCUUGAUACAUGGAUGCCAUCUACGUUUUGAGGAGUAUCUGCAUGAAAAGAAAAUGUCUCUAAAUCCUAAAACACUGCCGAGAAACUGACAAACGUUUUGAAGAAAUUCUGGGAGGACGUAAGGUUGUUAAGAACAUGAAAUAUUUUGAGUGAAUAAUAAAAGAAUUGUGAAUUCGAAGCCUUUUUAUCCACCUCAGCCGAUAACAAUCCCCUUCACAUCAUAGUCAGCCUCAGCCUCAUUCAAUAAGAGACCAUUUUACUGUUGUGGGCUCAGUACCCUAGCCUUCAAGUGAAUGUGAGGCUGAGGUUGACCUUGUUUAGAUACAAACCUCCUUUGUUUUCUUAUGGAAAUUAUGCUUAAAAAACUAGUAAGCAUAAGAACAUGAUUUACUUGAGAAGGCUGGGAGGGUUUUAUCGAAUCAAGGUCAACUCUAGCCUUGUUUCCAUCUGUAACUGAAAAAUGGGCUAUAGUUUUAAGUUAACAAAUUUUUGUUUACUUUAACAGCAAGUUGUACCAGGUUUUGGACAUGCUGUUUUGAGGCAGACAGAUCCAAGGUACACAGCUCAGCGGGUUUUUGCUCUGAAGCAUCUACCUGAUGACCCCUUGUUCAAACUUUGUGGCCAGCUUCUAAAAAUUGUCCCUGAUGUUUUAUUGGAGCAAGGAAAAGCCAAGAACCCAUGGCCAAAUGUUGAUGCACACAGUGGCGUGUUAUUGCAGGUAAAUACCGCAUUUGUACAUUGACCUGUCAACACUACAAUAUUAUAUCUAAACGUAACAUUUCAGGCAUUUCCUGGUGUUGUUGCACCCAAGGGCAUGCUGAUGCAGGUUAAUAACAGGAAAAUAUCAGAAAAUAACAAGUCGAUCACCUGCAAAACACUUGCCAGUUCAUUUCAAGAGAACACUUGAAGAAACUAAUAAUUUUUUGUUUACUAAAGGAAAAGAUGUGAAAUAUGCAUGUAAGUGUUUAGUUAUUCAGCUAAUGAAAUGUUAUAGCGUGCGUACAAACAAAAACCUCUGAAAAUAGUUUUUAUACUACACGUCGCUGGCAACCUGUUAACAAUGGGUUGUGUUGUACAGAAUUAUCUAACUGCUGUACAAGAAUAAAACUGCAGUCUUAUAUUUUAUACUGUAUUUCUUUCUGGUUUUCAUUGGCCCUGGGCAACAAUAACAACCAGUUGCCUACGGAAGCCAAGAAGCGUCCUUCAUUUUACUCGCACUCCGUGGUCUACGUCUCCAACACUUUCCUAUGGGGGAAGAAAAGGGUCAGAGAUGUAGACCAUGGAGCAAAAGUAAAAUUAUUAAUUAUUAUUAUUAUUUAUUAUUUAUUAUUAUUAUUAUUAUUAUUAUUGUUAUUAUUAUCAUCAUUAUUAUUCGAGGGAGUUGAUCAUGAUUUGGGUCAAAGAAGAGCGUCAGCAUUAUGGGCAGGCAUUGAAGUAUCUUUUUAAUUUGUUUGUUUGUUUGGCGUUUCAGUUCUAUGGCUUAAAGGAGAUGAGUUAUUACACGGUACUGUUUGGAGUUUCACGGGCGCUUGGUGUUUUAGCUUCAUUGGUGUGGUCACGUGCGCUGGGCUUCCCAAUCGAACGCCCAAAGAGUAUGACAACAGAGUUAAUGAAAGCAGCAGUUGGAGCUAAAUAACUGACAAAUACUUCAAAAAAUAAUAAGGGUAGAACUUUUUUUACUUACGAUAACUAGCGAACUGCUCGAAACAAGAUCUGUGUGGUUUUUGAAUGCACUUUUUUCAGUCAUGUCUGGUCAACUUAAUCAUCUAUUUGUAACUAUCUUUUUGCCCAUAACAGGGACUAUUUAUCAACUAGAAAUUUUGAAAACGAAUUGCACCUUGCUUAAGUAUUUUUAGCUAUUUAGUCAAUAGAAAGACUGCAAGAAAAUGGCUACUUUUUCAAUAAAUAUUGGUGUGUUAUUACUACUGAGGGCCGACAAGGCCUGUCGAUGGAAUAUGCAGUUUGUACUCAAUGUGCAAUACUUGUUUUAAUGUUGAUUAAACCUCUGUUUAUGUGCUUAGCGCUUUGUCCAUAAAAUAUGUUUAUCAUUUAACCUCUGGUUUAUUGAACUUUGUUGUCUGAUGUCGAUGAUACACGGCGAUUGGUAUGAAUAUUAAUGUAGCCUCAACUAGAACAAGUAUUUAAUAAAUAGAGGAUACUGUAUUACAU